UGAGAGGGAAGUGUCACCUGCAAGGCCGGCUCCAGGGGUUUCCUAGGUGGCAGCAGGGGGAGCACCAGGGGGGCAGGUAACUCCUAGUGACCCAGUCCAGGGAUAUCCAUACACCCAGCCCUUCCCAGUGACACAGUCACACACUCAUAACUAAAUAUUCCAAAAUCACAGGAAUUUGCCCCAAAGUUAGACCCUGUCCACGUGUGUCCCAUUAAUUCCCAGAUAUUCAGGUCAGAAUGAAGUUAUCUGCUGACAUUUAUAUUCCUGUUGGGUCAUGUAGUAUACACAGGCAUGUGUUCUGGCAUGUAAAGUCAUAUAUUUUUAAUGGAUAUCUAGUCUAGGCAUCCAGAGUGUGUGCGCUUAAGGCACCCAGUCUAUAGAAUGGAAAUACACAUAUUUGCAUUUAUGCAGAUUUGUUUUUGCGUUGUAUGUGUCUACUGACAUAUAUAUAUACAAAUAUUUGUGGUCCAGUGAAGUUUAGUUUGGGUUAGAAGAAAUAUACAUAGACACUUUUAUUUUUUUUGCACAUAGCUGCCUAUAGGCACACCAUGGUCCAAGUUUGUCCGUCCCCCGUAACCCGCUCCGCGGUUCUGAAGCGGGUAGCCGCACUGGUGGUGGCAGCCUACGGAGCACGCCGGCUUUACCCGGUGCUAAGACACUUUUGCUUUCAGCUGGGCAAGCAGCCGAAGUCGAAUGGGCUACUGGGAGAAAAAAAAGACUCCUCUUCGGGUGCGCCACCCACUUACGAAAGGACUGGGGUGAACAGGGUUUUCUUCAGAAGGCUAGCCCGUCUUCUCCGUCUGCUUUUUCCAAAGUUGGCAUGCAAAGAGUUUGGACUACUGCUAUUACAUUCAGCAGCCCUCAUCUCUAGGACAUUCCUUUCGGUCUACGUGGCCAAGCUAGAUGGACGUCUAACCCGUUGCAUUGUAAAUAAACGUCCAGCCAGCUUUAUGUGGCAACUUUUUAAAUGGCUUUUUAUUGCCCUGCCAGCUACUUUCAUCAACAGUGCCAUCCGCUACCUUGAAGGACAGUUGAGUUUAGCUUUCCGUAGCCGCCUGGUGGCCCAUGCAUACGACUUAUAUUUUGGUAAUCAAACAUAUUAUAGAGUCAGCAACAUGGAUGGAAGGUUACGUAAUCCUGAUCAGUCACUAACUGAGGAUGUAGUAGCGUUUGCCAGUUCAGUAGCCCAUCUGUACUCCAACUUGACCAAGCCUGUGCUGGAUGUGGUGGUGACCACUUACACGUUAAUCAGUACUGCCAAGUCCAAAGGUGCCAACACUGGCUGGCCUGCCCUUAUUGCUGGAUUUGUUGUCGUUAUUACAGCAAAAGUAUUGAGAGGCUGUUCUCCUAAAUUUGGAAAAUUAGUAGCAGAGGAGGCCAGACGAAAAGGAGAGCUGCGGUACAUGCACUCAAGAGUGGUCGCCAACUCAGAAGAAAUUGCUUUCUAUGGAGGUCACAAGGUGGAGAUGAGCCUCCUGAAGCAGUGCUACAAUGACUUGUCCUCUCAGAUUAACCUUAUCCUGAUAGAGAGGCUUUGGUAUGUGAUGCUUGAGCAGUUUCUCAUGAAGUACGUCUGGAGUGCAUCUGGACUGGUUAUGGUAGCAGUACCAAUUAUAACGGCCACCGGCUACUCUGAGAGUGAUUCUGCGGAGGUAAAGAAAGCUGCCAUGGAGAUGAAGGAGGAGGAGCUGGUAAGCGAACGAGCAGAGGCCUUCACCACAGCGAGAAACCUCCUGACUGCUGCGGCCGACGCCAUCGAGAGAGUAAUGUCAUCUUAUAAAGAGGUGACAGAGCUGGCAGGCUACACAGCACGCGUUCAUGACAUGUUUGAAGUGUUUGAAGAUGUGCAGAAAGGGGUCUACAAACGCCCAGGAGAACUGGUAGAGGCUGAUCCCAAGAAUGGAGAGUUGAUCCGACAUGGCAUACGCAUUGAGGGGCCCCUGGAGAUUAAAGGAAAAGUUGUGGACGUGGAGAAUGGUAUAAUUUGCGAGAAUAUUCCUAUUGUGACUCCAACAGGUGAUGUUGUGGUUGCUAGCCUUAAUAUUCGGGUGGAGGAAGGGAUGCAUCUACUCAUCACUGGUCCUAACGGUUGUGGAAAAAGCUCUUUGUUCCGGAUUUUGGGUGGCCUCUGGCCAGCCUACAGUGGGGUUCUAUACAAACCCCCUCCUCAGCACAUGUUUUACAUUCCACAAAGGCCAUACAUGUCCGUAGGAACUCUUCGGGAUCAGGUCAUUUAUCCUGAUACUGCAGAUGAUAUGAGAAGAAGAGGCUUUACUGACAAAAACUUGGAAGCCAUACUGAAUAUUGUCAAUCUAUACUACUUAGUGCAGAGAGAGGGAGGUUGGGACUCUGUCAGUGACUGGAAAGAUGUGCUGUCUGGGGGAGAGAAGCAGCGUGUUGGAAUGGCUCGCAUGUUUUACCACAGACCUAAAUAUGCUCUCCUGGAUGAGUGCACCAGUGCUGUGAGUAUUGAUGUGGAAGGAAAAAUUUUCCAGGCUGCAAAGGAUGCUGGGAUUGCACUCUUGUCUAUCACUCAUAGACCCUCUCUCUGGAAGUACCACACCCACCUGCUACAGUUUGACGGUGAAGGAGGCUGGAAGUUUGAGAAGCUGGACACCGCGGCCCGGCUCUCGUUAACAGAGGAGAAGCAACGGCUGGAACAGCAACUGGCCGGCGUGCCCAAGAUGCAGCUGCGAUUCAGUGAACUCUGUCAGAUCCUGGGAGAGGACUCAGAAGUGGGGACUACGGAUGGGAAUACUGACUCGUAAAAGUCUGUGUAAGAGAAUUGCCACUUUGUGCCACAACACUUUGACCACGUUUAAAACCAGAGACGUGGCACCAGGCUCCCACUGGUUUGCCACAACUUUUGUUUUUUUGGGUUAAAAUAAUUUCCAAGGGCCCUUGUAGUGGAUUUACGCCACUCAGUUCAACAACAUCAAUAAUUCCAUUGCUCGGUUAGAAUGGCCUGCGAUACACUGCAGAGAAAUCUAUUACAGAUCCUUCUGGCUGUGCAGGAGUUAACAUGCACUUUGUGUCACUAGGCUUCCAUCCCACCCCAUGUGACUAGCUCUCCACUCUGAAUGUGUUCUUGGAAGCAGAAGACAUUUCCUAUUAUUGUUAGGUGAAAUAUCUACGGUUUUAACCCAGCGGAAAGUGUGAAGAGGAUGGGUUUGUGUGCUAAUUAGUGUAUUGGUCUGCGAGACCCCUCUAUCACAGGCACAUACUCACUCUCCUAAUAUGUGCAUUAGUUCAAUGUGAAAGGAUUUUUUGUUUGUUUUUGUUUGCUGCACGGACUAGCAAAAUUGAACACCUUGCAUGCCAGGAUGUAGGCAGCAUCCAGCUCACCCUGCUUUGCACACAAUCGGUUAAUUCCAUAUAGCCUCUACUAGCCAUGUAUGAUGUGGCAUGUGUGCCCCAAAUAUUCUUAAGGAAUUCCUCGCAAAUUAAAAUGCAUGGAGCAGACUUAAUCGAUGCAUUGAAUUCCUUCCAGAAGUCACGGGGUUACUUUUCCUUCCGAACAAUAGCGGGGUCAAGAGUUGUGGUCGCAGGCAAUUCUUCUUGUAGGCGAUCUAUUUAUAUAGUAUAAAGUGAAGUUAAAGCCCAUUCAGAAAAAGGCAAUUUGUAUUAUAAUUUGUAGCACAAAUGAAGGAGGCAUCCCCUGUUGUUCUCUCAAACAUGGGUGUCAUUUCCGCCAAUAACAUACAUUUUCUCAGGUAUCCUGCCUCAAGCUUUUUCUUUUCUUUUAUGCUUUUUUUUUUUUUUUUUUUUUUAAAUGUUAUUCUGUAAUUGGAGAUUGAAAUCGAUAUCCUUUGCCUUUUCAUACAGUCACGUAUCCCACAUUUUCUGAUCUGUCUGGGCAUGUCAAAAAAGAAUCAAGAGUAAAGUAAGAGACGUCCCUACACACUUUGUGACUUGAUUCCAAGCGUCUCAGUCACUGAUAAAUUAUAUGCAGGAGUAAACUGUACAUUUGGGGUCCUUAAAUAUAUGGCCUUAAAUAUAUGGCCUUGCGGACAUUAGGGCCAAUUGUUAAGGCGGUCAUCCCAAAACGAGGAUGUUGUAAAUGCAGAAAGCAGAAAGCAAGUUGCUGGCUUGCCUUGAUUUUGUGGAUCUCAUACGAAUGUACCAUGCAGAGGGUCUUGGAAUAAAAGUACUGUCAGUAGAAUGUAGCCAUUAAUGUGCUGCAGGAUUAAAAAUGGCUUAAUCACAACAGGGAUCCCGACGCUGUGAUAAGUUAAUUGCUUUCAAUCCUGCUGCAUGUGAAUGCUACAUACGUAAAGUAUUUUUCUUGCAGAGUGCAAAGCGUUUAUAUGCACCCGUGAAAACAUGGCAAUCUAGCAGCCCUGUGAGUACAAUGCCUGACUCUGGUAAUCUUCCGGGAUAUUAAAAGAAUAAUUCGCCGUGGUGCCACAGAAAUGCAGUGACACUAGAGGGAUUGUUCAUUCAGCAGUUAAUUACACUGAGUUGGCAAUUGACCUGCAAAAUCUAGGCCAUAUUGGAGUUUGUUUUUUUAACUACUAAUUUCAUCUUAUUUUUACUUUUGAGCACAGACCCUCUAAGUUGUUUGAGUGUCUGUUAAGUAAGACCCAGUCAUUAAACUCCAUUUCACAGGUCACUUAAUAUAAAUAUAUAUAUAUAUUCACCAGCACAUGAAGUCCUGUCCAGUCCAAUGAAAGAAACCCCAUACUCUGCAGUGUGACUCAUUACCCUUGCUACUAAAUCUUCCAGUUUUGCUGCAGUCAGUUGAUCUGAUUUUGAGCUGUGAGUCUCUAAUCACACCCACCCUCCCAUGUGUGCCUAAGUGGUCAUCCAGCUCUCAUUUUCUGUCGAUAGCUUUCCGAAACUUCCCCAAAUUUAUUUCCAGACCUUCUAAAGUCACGAUUAACAGCUUCGUUUUAAAGUGACACAAAAUCGACUUGACGCACUUUCCUACUUUUUGAGAACAUGCGCUUAUUUCAAAUGGGGAAUUGAAUCCAUUUACCAAGUGUUCUAAGCAUGGCCUUCUACGAAUAUGAUAAAGGCACUUAGUCAUGCAUAACAUGACCAAGUUCCCGUUUUACUCUGCCACAAUUGUGGCUAAAAUACUUUACCCAUGUCUGAUUAGGUAUGCAUAGCUAGACAUUUUAUUUUUAACAACUCUUAAUCUAUUACAAUAUCAAUACCAAGUUAUAUAUUAUACCAGAUCAAAACGGGACUCUGUUAUCUUAGAAAUUACCCCCAUCUCAAAUUAUAGUGAACAGUAUUUUGUGUCUGAUGCACUGAAUCUUGUUUCAAUCGCUAGUCCUUUGGCUCCUCUGGCCAGUGUGAAUGCCCUCCCAAAAUCAUUGGCUCUUUAAUUAUUUUUUUUUUCUCAUUUCACGAUUAUUUAUCUACAUUAUGUAAAUGUUACUCGUAGGGACAUUAUAAAGCAGUGCAUGCUGGGAGAGAGACACAUUGCUGUUUAACUGGAAUGUAAGUGUUCAUCACAGUGGGAAUAAAUACAUUGUACCAAUCACCUAACUUAAUUGUGAUUGACAUUUUCCAGACAAUUUCUCUGGUUGUGUUCCACCUAGUGCCUACUUCUGGUCUGUAUGAUGGGAGAGAAAAUAACUUGCCGUGUCUUCCCUCUAGAAACCCAUCAGUAACACUCAAUAAGUGGCUCUGUCUUUGCGGUUCCCCUGUGUCAGGCGAGAGGAUUGACAGCAGAUUUCUCAAAUUUUUCAUCAGGAGCACUCAGGCUGGCUACCUGGUUGGCAGGCAGGGAGGUAGGAGUGGGUGGAAGUUAGAUUCAGGACAUAUAUAAUAAAUCUCAAACUGUGUAAUAAUUAUUCAUUAGAGCAAUUACACAUGGAUUUUGCAGGCCUUGUAGCCACUUUGCGACAGGGUCUUUUAGGCAAUGAGAGUAUAUUCCACACUAGAGCUGAAUGUCCACUACAAAAUGGCUAGUGGCAAGUUCAAAUUGAGAGAUUGGUGUCAUUGUUAGACUGGACAGUCACUUUGAUGUAAGUUUUGCAUAGACACGUGUCACUUUAUUGCUUUUAUUAUUUUUGGAGGGGGAUUGUUUGGUAAAUUUCUGG